CCUCACCUGACCAUGCUGGUACCCUGAUCCUGGACUUCCGGCCUGCAGAACUACGAGGACUCCUGUUGCAGGAGGAAAGCUGGGCUGGGACUGAAAGGCCCGGCCGGCGCUGCUCAGAGACUCCUCCACCGUGGGCACUGCCUGCUUGGGUACCAGGCACUGAGCUAGGCGCUCUGUGUUCUUACCACGUUUAUUCCUCCCACCACCCUUGCGAAAUAGACGCUCUUAUAACCUUUUCUAGGAAGGAGGACUCUGGCUCUGGAGCCUGGCACGCAGCAGGAGCGCGGGCCUUGGGGCCGAUAGAGCAGACCCACACAUCGGCCAGUGAUUAACCGAGACGUCCCCCUCCGGCCAUUUUGGAUCUUGCUGCGGCGUCUGGAAAGAAAAGCACCCCUCCAGCAAGAGGACGACAUUUUGACACGGCGCCUCUUCCCGCUGGUUUUCAGGUUAUCACCCUGCAGUUAUAAAGAAGGUCCUUCCAGAAUCAGGGAGAGAAGAAAGGAGUACAGGCUGGCCUGCCUCAGCCAGCAGUGCCCCGAAGAGAGGCACACAGGCGCUCCCUGGGACACAGAGCCUGAGGUGACAGAGCUCCGCGGGGCUGUGCCUAAUCUAGACCUGGCUGCGCUGAUGACUGGAGCCCAGCGCAGAUCUGCCUGCCCAGCCCCGCCUGGCCCAGCAGGCCCAUCUGCAUCGGCGCCCUGGGACGGAAGGCCGGCCCCCUCCCACUCCCAGCCCCCUUGCACGGCCCUCUCCCCAGGUGAUGCCCAUCACAGGUAAACAGGGAGCCGGCCAAGCAGGCACACUUGUGCAUCGUCGUCAUUACUAAGGCUAUCAACACCGCGUGCAGCGUGUGUGAGGGUGGCUGACAGCCCAGCUCCGCAGCAAGCUGGUGACGCCAGGCCACAGCCGUCUCCUGCCCCACAGCCCAAGGCCCAGAGGCCCCAGCCUGGAUCAGCAGUGCGGAUGGAGAGACGUCGACAGCCGCUGGUCACUGCCCCUUUCAAAGGUGAAGACAGUAAAAUUUAUGACGGGCGUCCUAUCAGACAACAGAGGAGCAUAAAAGCAGAAGGAAGAGUGAUAGCCCAUCGGUCCGCGGACGUCUGGAGGGUUCCAGCAUGGGGCUGCGGCCACGCACUUUCCUCCUGGGGCUGCUGCUGCUGCUGCUGGGGCGAGGAACUACCCAGGCCCGUACCUCCCCUGGAGAGAACACACUGGAAGAGCAGCUGUGGCCAGAGUGGCAGAGCCUGAAGGGUUUUCCAUUCUCAUGCAACUCAAAGAAGUCAGGAUCUGAUGCGCCUUCUAACUCAGUCCACUCUCUGAGCCCUUCCGAUAUUAAACUUGUGGCAGCCAUUGGCAAUGUGGAAACUCCUCCAGACUCAGGGACGGAUGACCUGGAGAAGCAAGAAUGGACUGAAAGCGAGGGACCGCAGGCGUGCAUGGGAGUGGUGACCGUCCUUUCAGAUGUCAUCAGACACUUCAAUCCAUCUGUCCUGAGGCCCAUCUGCAGCCCUGGGAAGGGAGUGGUACCCCAUAACGGUGCCGAAGACUUGUGGAUUCAGGCAAAAGAGCUGGUGAGGAACAUGAAAGAGAACCAGCAACUUGACUUUCAGAAUGACUGGAAGCUCAUCACCGUGUUCUUCAGUAACACUAGCCAGUGUCACCUGUGUCCCUCCGCCCAACAGCAAAGACACGUGACGAGCAGCAUGGACCAGCUGACGAGAAUGCUGGACUGCCUGCAUCAGGAGGUCCCCAAAGCGUUUGUGAACCUGGUGGAUCUCUCCGGGGUUCUGAGGGGCUCGCACUGGCAUCAGGGGACUCCGCUCAGUCCCACGGCCGAGCCCUGCAGGUGCUCAGGGGAGACCUCGCGGCUGUCCAGGGUUGCGACCCAGUGGGCCUAUCAGGAAACCUGGGAACAGCUCCUGGCCUCCAGCAAGUACAACGAGCAGACGUCCUUCGCAGUGGUUUUCCAGCCUUUCUUCUACGAGGGAACCCUGCCACCACCCUCGGGGGAGCGACCACUCCAGGAUCCCACCGUCCUCGCCUUGACUCUCUGGAACAGCAUGAUGGAGCCAGCAGGACAGAAAGAUGAGCCAUUCGGUGCCAAAGAGAGGCGGCCAGUGAAAUGUCCCUCUCAGGAGAAUCCCUAUCUGUUCACCUACAGGAACAGCAACUACCCGCCCAGGUUGCAGAAAUCCCAGGCGAAGUUUGAGGUGAGAGAUGGAACGGAAAUCAGGUGUCCUGACAAGGAUCCCUCUGACACGAUUCCCACAUCAGUUCACAGGCUGAAGCUGGCUGACAUCAAGGUCAUCGGAGCCCUGGGUGAUUCGCUCACGGCAGGUAAUGGGGCUGGAUCCAAGCCUGGGAACGUCCUGGACGUCUUUACUCAGUAUCGAGGUCUGUCCUGGAGCGCUGGCGGCGAUCAGAACCUCAGCAGCGUCACCACCUUGCCCAACAUCCUCCGGGAAUUCAACCCUUCCCUGAAGGGUUUCUCUGUUGGCACUGGAAGAGAAAACAGUCCUGGGGCCUUCCUAAACCAGGCCGUGGCAGGAGCCCGAGCUGAGGAUUUACCUGUUCAGGCCAGGAGGCUGGUGGAUCUGAUGAAGAAUUACGAGGAUAUAAAUUUUCAGGAAGAUUGGAAGAUAAUAACCCUGUUUAUAGGAGGCAACGACCUCUGUAAUGUCUGCAAAGACCCGGUCCGCUAUUCUCCACAGAAGUUCGUGGACAACAUCGGGAAGGCUCUGGAUAUCCUCCAUGCCGAGGUGCCUCGGGCGUUUGUGAACCUGGUAAAGAUCCUGGAGAUCAUCAGCCUGAGGGAGCUGUACCAGGAGAAAAAUGUCAGCUGCCCGCGGCUGGUCCUCCGGAAACUGUGUCCCUGUGUCUUGAAGUUUGAUGAUAACUCAACAGAACUUGCCUCCCUCAUCAAAGUGAACAAGAAGUAUCAGGAGGGGACUCACCAGCUGGUCGAGAGUGGGCGAUAUGACACAAGGGAAGAUUUUACAGUGGUCGUGCAGCCGUUCUUUGAAAACGUGGUGAUGCCAAAGACCCCGGAGGGGUUGCCUGACAGCUCUUUCUUCGCUCCUGACUGUUUCCACUUCAGUAGCAAGGCUCAUGCCCGCGCAGCCCAGGCCCUGUGGAACAACAUGCUGGAACCUGUCGGCCAGAAGACAAGAAGGCAUAGGUUUGAAGACAAGAUCAAUAUCACAUGUCCCGACCAGGUUCGGCCAUUUCUGAGCACCUACAAGAACGCUGUGCAGGGUCACGGGAGCCAGCUGCUGUGCAGUGACAGAGCCCCUUCUGCCUCGCCGCCCACCUCAGUGCACACCCUGAGACCUGCAGACAUCCAAGUCGUGGCCGCUCUGGGGGAUUCUCUGACCGCUGGCAAUGGGAUUGGCUCCAAACCGAAUGACCUAUCUGACGUCACUACUCAGUACCGGGGGCUGUCAUAUAGUUCAGGAGGGGACGGCUACCUGGAGAAUGUGACCACCUUACCGAAUAUCCUUCGGAAGUUCAACGGAAAUCUCACAGGCUAUGCGGUGGGCACAGGCAACGCCAGUGACACAAAUGCCUUCCUCAAUCAGGCUGUUCCUGGAACAAAGGCUAAGGAACUUUCAAGCCAAGUCCAGACUCUGAUACAGAAGAUGAAAGAUGACCAUAGAGUAAAUUUCCACGAGGACUGGAAGGUCAUCACGGUGUUGAUUGGAGGCAGUGACUUAUGUGACUACUGCACGGAUUCGAAUCUGUAUUCUGCAGCCAACUUUUUUGACCAUCUCCGAAAUGCCCUGGACAUCCUGCACAGAGAGGUACCCCGGGCGCUGGUCAACCUCGUGGACUUCAUGAGCCCCCGCGUCAUGCGGCGCGUGUUCCUGGGGAACCCCGACAAGUGCCCGGUGCAGCAGGCCAGCAUUUUGUGUAACUGCGUUCUGACCCCGCGGGAGAGCUCCCAAGAGCUGGCCAGGUUGGAGGCUGUCACCCGAGCCUACCAGAGCAGCAUGCGUGAGCUGGUGGAGUCAGGUCGCUACGACACGCGGGAGGACUUCUCCGUGGUGCUGCAGCCCUUCUUCUACAACAUCCAGCUCCCCAUCCUGGCGGAUGGGCGCCCGGAUGUGUCCUUCUUCGCCCCAGACUGCCUCCAUCCAAAUCAGAAAUUCCACUCCCAGCUCUCCAGAGCCCUUUGGGUCAAUAUGCUUGAACCACUAGGAAAGAAAACGGAUACCCUGGACCUGAUGGCAGCUAUACCCCUCCCCUGCCCUGCUCAGAAUGAACCCUUCCUGAGAACCCCCCGGAACAGUAACUACACAUACCCCACCAAGCCGUCCAUUGAGAACUGGGGCAGUGACUUCCUGUGUGAGGAGUGGAAUCCUUCCAACAGUGUCCCCACAUCAGUCCAUGAGCUCCGGCCAGCGGAUAUCAAAGUGGUAGCUGCCCUGGGUGACUCGCUGACUACAGCGGUGGGAGCCCGACCCAGCAACUCCAGUGACCUCUCCACAGCCUGGAGGGGACUCUCCUGGAGCAUUGGAGGGGACGGCGACUUGGGGACCCACACCACACUGCCCAACAUUCUGAAGAAGUUCAACCCCAAAAUCUUCGGCUUCUCCGCCGGCACCCGGGAGGAGACGGCCGGGCUGAAUGCAGCAGUGGGAGGGGCCAGAGCUCGUGACAUGCCGGCCCAGGCCCGGGACCUCAUGGAGCGAAUGAAGAACAGCCCUGAAAUCAACCUACAGAAGGACUGGAAGCUCAUCACGCUGUUCAUUGGGAGCAACGAUUUGUGCCAUUACUGCGAGAAUCCGGAGGCCCACUCAGCCAGCGAGUAUGUUCGGCACAUCCAGCAGGCCCUGGGCAUCUUCUAUGAGGAGCUGCCAAGGGCUUUCAUCAACGUGGUAGAGGUCAUGGAGCUGGCUGGCCUGCACCAGGGCCAAGGUGGGAAAUGUGUCAUACCACUGGCAGCCCAGAACAACUGCACCUGCCUCCGAGGCUCCCAGGAGAACUCCCUGGAGAUGCUGCAAGAACUGAAGACAGUGAACUGGGACUUCCAGAGUCGCCUCUCCAGGCUCUCCUACCAGUACCUGCAGCGUGAGGACUUCGCCGUGGUUGUGCAGCCUUUCUUCCAAAACACUCUUGUCCCCCUGAAUGACCGAGGAGGCGCUGACCUCACCUUCUUCUCCGAGGACUGUUUCCACUUCUCAGAACGCGGGCAUGCUGAGAUGGCCAUCGCUCUCUGGAAUAACAUGCUGGAACCCGUGGGUCAAAAGACAACCUCCAACAACUUCACCUAUAGCCGAACCAAACUCAAGUGCCCCUCCCCUGGGCGCCCCUACAUCUGCACCCUGAGGAACAGUCGGCUGCUCCAAGACCGGGCUAAAGCAGACCCCCCAAUGCUCUCCUGGGCCGUGCCAGUGGCAGCGGGAGGCGGCCUUGCGGUUGGUGUCGGCACAGUGAUGGCCUGGAGAGCCCUAAGGGGUCGCCAGAGGGAAAAUCCUCCCAUAAGUCUGAACACUGUGAGCUUGUAGGCCCGCCAGCCCUGUGCGGGCUCUCAUCCUGAAUUCCCCAGCCACGUUCCUCACCAGCCCUCUCCCUUGGCCACCCCUGGCCACUACGGAGGUCACUCGCUUCAACACCUGGUAAUGUAGGAAGCCAAAGGGACAGUCACAACUCCUUGGGGCCUGGGACCUAUGAUCCUGGAAUCGGCACAUCUAAAUAAAGGCCAAAGCCGUUCUAUUCUUGGGUUUGCCUGCUUGAAGCUCUCGCCUUCCAACCUGUCGUGUGGCGCAGAGGUGGGAGCUGGGACCUUGUCUCAGCCAGGGAUGGCCAACCUGAGCCCAGACUGGCACCCAACAGGCAUAUUCUCAGUCACCAAAACCACUAUUUCAAAUGUGGGAAAAACCUUGGUCACCAGGGUUUGGCUGGAAUUUUGGAGCUCGCCUGCCAUCACUCAGUACCAUCCAACAUCUUUUCUGUACCCAGGACAAGGUAGAGCAUUGUGGUACCUCCAAGGUUGUGCAUGUCACGGCCUGGCCAAGAGACGAACUCUUUCAAAAAUACAAGAUGCUCUGUGACAGCGUGUGGUUCAGUCCUGGGGCAGUGGCAGGAAAAUGCGUCUGCUUUCAAGAAUAGGAGUUCCUUGGGAAAGGGUUCCUGGAAGAGAGCAAUCUUGAAAUGUCAUUUUAAAAAAAGGAUUGGGACAUGAAUGCUUCACAUAUCCUCAACCUGAUUUUCUCAAGGUGCUAAAUUUAGAAAAGAAUUCCUCUUUCUACAUUACCAGGUUUAUGAGAGAGCUAAAGAGAGUCUGAUAACACAAGCUCCCUCCAUUCAGCCCCUAGCAGGGGCAAGGCCCUGAGCUGGAUGUCUUACACAGAUAAGCUCUUUUAUUCAGCACAAAAACCCAGGGCGGGGUUGAUGGUCAUUUCUGAAGACAGAAAUAGUGGCUGCACAACACUGUGAAUGUACAAAAUGCCAUGAAUUGUUCACUUUCAAAUGGCUAAUUGUAUGUCAUGGGAAUUUCACCUCAAUAAAAAGCAAACAAAAAUCCAUUAUCAUCAGGAUCUAAGUACCGCUCUGACCCCAAAGCCUGAGAUGACAAAGAAUGUGAGUUA